AUGACUGACGAAAUCAAUUCUACAUUAGCGUCUGGUACAAUGAACGAAAUUGUCGACAGCAUACUCGAUGUUAUCUAUUAUACCGAGUGCGUAUUCAAUUGGACGCUGAUUCAAUCAAUUUAUGUCUGCGUUUAUCUCAGAAAAACAACAACAAGUCAAGGAAUGACAUGGUACAGAAGUUUUAUUACAGGAUUUUUAUUGGUAUUCUUUCCUCGCAUUUUGUACAGCUCUUUAAAUAACGUAAAUGCCGACGAGUAUUCUUAUUUUGAUUAUUUAUCUAUUUUCACUCCAGUGUGGUUAUCUGUUAACCUGUUUCCAUUUGAUUUUGUUUUCCGUAUACUUAAUAUAAAAACAUUUCAAACUGUACUAACAAUUCUACAAUCUCAUACAGAAGGACUAGUAUUUUUAAAUAAUAUGUAUUUAGUAUCACAGGUAAAAAACAAAGUUGAACAUCAAAUAUUAAUAAUAAUUUUAGUUACUUUAGCUCCUGUAAUGAUACAAGGACUUGAUUUUAUCCUAUCAGGGGAUAAUCGUAUUUUGAUGACACCAAUAGCUUAUUUAAAAAGAGUAUUAUUUUUACAAAUAUUAUCUGUUUGCUUGGUAACUCCGGCAUUAAUUUGGGAAGAACCACCUAUUGAUUUAGUUAAUGUGCUAUAUGUUUUACCUAUUCUUCUUGAUAUUCUCAGAAUUAUUGACUUAAUUCACUUUGAUUUCAACAAUUACAUGUUUAUCGACUAUAUUUUCUCUAGACUUGGCGAUAGCUCUCCUAAAUAUAUUCCUCGUUUGGUCAAAAAAUCAAAUAAUCAAAAUGUUAUUUCUACGGACUUUUAA